AUUUUGGGUCCGCCGUGAUUCAAGCGUGGUUUGCUGUUCUAAAAUUGUCUCUUCUUUAAUCCAAGCAUUGCGUUAGAAAUCAUAGGUUUCAAACACUAUCGCCGAAAGUGUUCUCCUAAGUUCCGUAACACCUUGGCUUGCAUUUCCCAACAGCUGCCCAGGCCCAGGAGGCCGUGCCACCUCCCAAAGCAUCUUGGGUAGUACAGUACAUGGCCGACAAAGCUGUUGUUUAGGGCAAUUUGUGAACGCCCGUUCUUCCUCGAAUAUUGUAGAAAUUUAACCAUUCAUCAUGAGUGACUUCAGUGAUUUGGAUAGACAAAUAGAACAGUUGAAGAAAUGUGAAAUAAUUAAGGAAGCAGAAGUAAAAGCUCUGUGUGCAAAAGCAAGAGAGAUCCUUGUUGAAGAAAGUAAUGUGCAGAGAGUGGACUCACCUGUCACUGUGUGUGGGGACAUUCAUGGUCAAUUCUAUGACUUAAAAGAGCUAUUUAAAGUUGGUGGUGAUGUCCCAGAAACAAAUUAUCUCUUUAUGGGUGACUUUGUUGACAGAGGGUUUUACAGUGUGGAAACAUUCCUUCUGCUACUUGCACUGAAAGUACGUUACCCAGAUCGGAUAACUUUAAUUAGAGGAAACCAUGAAUCAAGACAGAUCACACAGGUUUAUGGAUUUUAUGAUGAAUGUCUGCGGAAGUAUGGAAGUGUUACUGUAUGGAGAUACUGCACCGAAAUAUUUGACUAUCUCAGUUUGUCGGCUGUUAUUGAUGGAAAGAUAUUCUGUGUUCAUGGAGGCUUAUCACCAUCAAUACAGACUUUAGAUCAAAUUAGAACUAUUGACAGGAAACAAGAAGUUCCUCAUGAUGGUCCCAUGUGUGAUUUAUUAUGGUCAGAUCCUGAAGCAGACACUCAGGGUUGGGGUGUGAGUCCGCGUGGAGCCGGCUAUCUGUUCGGCUCCGAUGUAGUUGUCCAGUUCAAUGCUGCCAAUGACAUUGAUAUGAUUUGUCGAGCACAUCAGUUGGUGAUGGAAGGAUACAAGUGGCAUUUUAAUGAGACUGUGCUAACGGUCUGGUCAGCACCCAACUAUUGUUACAGAUGUGGAAAUGUUGCUGCUAUUUUGGAACUGAAUGAACAUUUGCAGCGAGACUUCACAAUAUUUGAGGCUGCCCCUCAGGAUUGUAGAGGUAUUCCAUCAAAGAAGCCACAAGCUGAUUAUUUCCUAUGAGGAUUAUUUUUAAUUUAUAAUCUGAAUUGUUACUGUAGUAUUGCAAUGUACUCAAUUUUGGAAGUGAAUGUGUUUUCCAUGCUGUCAUUUGCUACCAAAGCUGCAAUUGAGCUCAAAUUUCUCUUUGCAGUUGGGGAAAAUUUUAAACAUCUUAUGUAUUUGUUAAAUCCUUUUUCUUGAUAAAUUUAAAUUAAGUCAAAGGACUUCUGUUUAGUCCAUUGUGUUAUCUGAAGUUGUGUGUUAAAGAUUCUUGGUAGAGGAAAGUGAUUUUAAAAGUAAUUGCAAUACUGACAGUAAUGUGGAUAUGUCCAGCAGAACAACAUGAUGUAUUACUGGAAUUAUCUGAUUGUAACUAACAUUCGGAGUGAGAUUUGUACAUUUGAUGUGAAAGUGACUGAAUGACAAGUGUGUUUCUGUGUAGAUUUAUUUUAAUUGUAUCAUUGAGCAGUUUCAUACCACUAAACUUGGUGCUUUCGUCUUUGAGGAAUACUAUUAUUUUGAAAGCACCGUGGUCAGCUCACUUGAAACACAAGUAGCAAAUAUCUAUCUAGGGCUCAAUAGUCUUCUUUUGUAACUUUUUAUAUACUUCAUAACUUAUAUUUAUGCCUCAUGUUUGAUGGUUUGUAGAAUUUUCAGUGUAAGGAAGCCCUAUUUAUCACUAACUUCAAGGUCAUGUGUUUCUUCUCUAUUAAUGUGUUCAGCAAAGUGCCUACCAGUACUUCCUCAAAGUAAUAUGUUGGAGUUGGGUUCAGUUUCCUAUUGUACGUUAAAAGUACAGUAUUUAGAGGACACGUCAACCUGAGCUUUAUUAUUACGUACUGAACUGAAAGGGAUCAUUUCCAUGUGAAAACUCAAUAGAAUUUUUCUACCAUGCCUCUCUCUCUGCAGUUCAUGGUUUUCAAGCCAACUAUACUUUCAAUAUUUUGGAACCUUUCCGAUUAUUCUUAAUGAUCUUAAUAGGAAUGUGGUGCAGGCACCUUGCAAUUGAUGAUUUUCAUCAUGUUUUCAUGGUUCAUGAUUUCUGUUCUUAAAAAACAAGAUUUAGUUCUGUGUUAUUGUUUCAGGGUAGUAGAUCCCAAUUCAUACAUGUCAAAUUACAUAUAUUGUCAAUUUUCUAAAUAACCUAGAAUUUGUUCCUAAUAUGUCCCCAGUAUUAAUUUUUUAAAGAAUUUAAUUUGACAACGUAAGAAAUUGCUUUGUAUUUCAGGAAAUUUACAUUUGGUUAUGACUUACUGCACAAAACUUGUGUCUGAUUUAUUUCGUCUUUCCUGGUUUGCAAGCAACAGACUGAAAUUAUUGUGUUAAGAGAAAGCUAGGUUCAUAGGCAAUUAUGAUCCCUUGUUUAUAAUAAACUGCCUUUAAUGCAAUUGA